AUGAAAUUCAUCAUAGAUGACAUAGAAGUUAUUUUCCCUUACAAGUUUCUGUAUAAGGAAUAAUUAGAGUACAUGUAGGCACUGAAAUAAACCCUGGAUGAAAAAGGACAUGGAAUUUUGGAAAUGCCUACAGGAACAGGGAAGACAGUCUCAUUGCUGGCAUUCAUUCUUGCCUAUUUAGCACAAAGACCGAACACUAUUAAAAAGCUGAUUUAUUGUACACGUACAGUGGUGGAGAUGGAAAAAACAUUAGAGGAGGUCAGGUUAGUUAUGAAGGCAAGAAAGGCGGAAGGUCUCAAUGAUAAUUUUACUGCUGUCGGAUUGAGUUCAAGAAGAAAUCUGUGUAUCAAUCCAGAUGUUGUCAAUUAGAAAGAUAGAGUGGAUUCUGAAUGCAGAAAGCGAACAGCUGAAUGGGUUAAGAGGGGAUAAAGUGAAAUAUGUAUAUUUUAUGACAAUUUUGAGAAGUCUGCCAAGGAUUUCAUAGCCAAUCUACCUAAUGAUGUUUAUAGUUUAAGUGAUUUGCGUAAGAAUGGAGGGUUUUCAAUGUAAUGUCCUUACUAUACGGCGAGAGAAAUGGUCAAGAAGGCCAAUAUCGUUGUGUAUAACUAUCUGUAUUUGAUUGAUCCAGGAAUAUCUUCAUUAUUGUCUAAGGAUUACAUCAAGGAGAGUGUGGUAGUCUUUGAUGAAGCCCAUAACAUAGAUGAUGUGUGUAUUGAAGCCUAUACAGUGAGAUUGAAUAAACCAAUAUUGGCUGAAGCAAUCAAUAAUCUCAAAGUUGUGGAGACACAAAUUUAGAGUGAGACUAAUGAGAUUUAAAAUAGGUUGAAUGAGGAAUAUAAGAAAUUGAUUAAGAAUUUAGAGAAAAAACCUGAGGGAGAAUUGAAUCAAUUGGUUAUUCCUGGGUAAAUUAGGAAAGCAAGGAACUUCAUUGAUUUUAUGAAAAGAAUAAUUCAGAAGCACUAAAAACAUCUCAUGCUAUUUUACAUCAUACCAAAAGCUUUACUGAAGAGAUAUAAAAGGAAGGGAAAUCUAGACAUUGAUUCUCUCAAAUAAUGUGGAGAACGAUUAAAUCUACUACUAAACACUUUGCAAAUUGCAGAAACUGAUAAAUUUAGACCACUUAGUACUGUUGCACAAUUUGUUAUAAGGAUUCAAAGAACCUUAAAUGAAAAAUUAAUGACCCUGGCAUGUUUUGAUAGUUCAUUAGCCAUGAAAAACAUCUUCGCUUCAUUUCAAUCUGUCAUCCUCACUUCAGGUACCAUGUCACCUAUUGAUAUUUAUCCAAAAAUCUUAGACUUUAAACCAGUCGUUGCUAAAUCUAUCGACAUUGAAUUAACACGUAACUCCAUUCAACCUAUUAUCGUUACUAUGUCAGAAGAUGGCACUGAAUUGACUUCAGAAUUUACAUUCAGAAAUAAUGAGGAUGUCUCUAGGAAUUACGGUAAUUUUUUGCUUGAAUUGUCUGAAAAUGUUCCUGAUGGGCUCAUUGUCUUCAUGCCUUCUUAUAGCAGAAUGGAGGAAUGGGCAAGGCAAUGGCAAAAGGAUAAGUAUUUGGAAUAAAUUUCAAAAAAUAAAGUAUUACUUAUAGAAUCAAAGGAUGUAAAUGAGACAUCAUAAAAACUAUAGUAAUAUCGUAAGUGUUGUGAUGUUGGUAGAGGAGCUGCAUUAUUUUCAAUUGCAAGAGGUAAGAUUGCAGAAGGUAUAGAUUUUGAGGGUCAUUAUGGAAGAUGUGUUGCUGUGAUAGGAUUUCCAGCCUUGAACAGUAAAGACACUUUGAUUUUAGAGAGAUGUAAAUUUUUAGAAGAGAAAUUUAAAAUAACAAAAAAUGAUUUUAUAGAAUUUGAUGCUAUGAGAUAAACAUGCUAAUGUUUGGGUAGAGUUCUAAGGGGUAAGCAGGAUUAUGGAAUUAUGAUUAUGGCAGACAAGAGAUUUGCUUAGAAGAGUAAAUUAUCAAAAAUGCCAAGAUGGAUUUAUAAAUAAUUAGACUAAUCUAGAUGCUUAAAUAUUACUAGUGAGACUGCCAUCACUGUAGUUCGAGAUUUCUUUAGAUAGAUGGCACAACCUUUUAAAAUUGCUGAUAAUAGUUAUUUUACAUAAGACACAUUGUGA